UUAGAAAGGGGGCGGAGCCCCGGUGUUGAUUGGCGAAGGCUGGCUCCUGUGCGGCGCGCCUGCGUAGUGCAGAAGUGCACGUGUUGGAGUUGGAACUUCUAGUCCGCCGUCGAGAUGGCCGAGAUGGAGACACUGAGCGCUGGGGCUGAGGACGGCUUCACCCAGGUCACCCGCAAGGGAGGCCGGCGGGCGAAGAAACGACAGGCAGCGCAACUGUCCGCAGCAGGGGAGAGUGGGGACGCGGGCUGCAUGGACACCGAAGAGGCGCGGCCGGCGAAGAGGCCCGUCUUCCCUCCCCUCUCUGGGGACGGACUUGUGGGUGGAAAAGAAGAAACGCGGAAAAUUCCAGUCCCAGCGAACAGAUACACACCAUUAAAAGAAAACUGGAUGAAGAUAUUUACUCCUAUUGUAGAACAUUUGGGACUUCAGAUACGCUUUAAUUUGAAAUCAAGAAAUGUAGAAAUCAGGACUUGUAAAGAAACCAAGGAUGUUAGCGCUCUGACAAAAGCAGCUGAUUUUGUGAAAGCCUUUAUUCUUGGGUUUCAGGUGGAGGAUGCUCUUGCCCUCAUCAGAUUGGAUGACCUCUUCUUAGAGUCUUUUGAAAUUACAGAUGUUAAGCCCCUAAAGGGAGACCACCUGUCAAGGGCAAUAGGAAGAAUUGCUGGCAAAGGAGGAAAAACCAAAUUCACCAUAGAGAAUGUGACGCGGACGCGGAUAGUUUUGGCUGAUGUGAAAAUUCACAUCCUUGGCUCUUUCCAAAACAUCAAGAUGGCAAGAACUGCCAUUUGCAACCUCAUCCUGGGAAAUCCUCCAUCAAAGGUUUAUGGCAAUAUUCGAGCUGUGGCUAGCCGAGCAGCAGAUCGGUUCUGAUUUCAAAUCAGAGACUUUUUAUCUCAUCUUUGGA